UGGAGGAAAGAGGUCGCAAAGCUACUACUGUGCAGACGCGGGCACUCCUACGCCUUCAGUCUCCCUCUGCCGUUCAUUGGUCCAUUCAGCAUCUUCAGCACCACGCAGGCUGAACAGCGACACACAGCCGUGCAGCCUUCAUCAGAUGAGGAUGCCGAGCGGCGGAUACGCUGCCCUCCACGCCGGUGUAUCUGCAGCUCAUUGUCUCCCCGGGUUUGAUCGGGAGCGACCCGCCUGUGUCGUCUAACUCUGCAGGAGGAAGCUGUUUUUCCCGUCACAGAUGCUCGGACUCCCAGGGUUUGUUUAUUCCACCGGGUUUCCCUCCGGUCGAGAGGACAGGCAUGCCGGACAGUGACAUUACCACGGCUCGGGUUAUAGGCAGCAGCAGCGUCUCAUGUUCAGUGCCGCAUCAACAAGCCUCGCCGCCCGACCACCGGGUCCCCCUGCCGGCGCCCCGGUGUCCGCCGGUCCCCCGACGCCUCUUGUGACAUGACAGCUCGGGGACGGAAGAAGAGGAUCAAAGGUUACGGGCAGGGGUCCAAGCAGGAGCAGAGACGGGUCGGAUCCUUGAGGAGAGGGCGCACGGAAACAGACUGUGUGCACUGUUUGAGAGGAGAGGAUACAAUCAUACCUGUAUCAAAAAUUCAUGUGAUACUUUAUUAGUCCCCGCAGGGUGUUUCUCGUGUGGCUCCCACAGAGAGGUCAGAGCCACGGAGCAGCGGCCCCUGGAGUUGCCUAUACUGACACAGGGGUGUCCUGGUCUCACUGAACCCAGCUGUCCCCCCUCACUGAAGCCUUAUUGUGAUUCUGAUUCGGGCCUACAGCGUGGAGAGUGGUAGCACCCACCUUUGCCUUACAGUUUCAUCUGAUGCACGGCCUCAUAGUGUUGAUACUGGUCGAGUCCCAGUCAGCAGUGUUGUUCCCCAGGCCUGGCAGGCUCACUUGGCUGCUCCUGACCAUCACCUUCACCUGCACCGCCAUGGGCUGCAUCCAGAGCAUCGCCUGUAACAAGUCACGCAUCAAACGGGAGAACAUCGUGGUGUACGACCUGUCGGCCACCAUAGACCACUGCCCGACUGUCAUUGAGGAGAACUCGCCCAUAGUGCUUCGGUACAAGACGCCCUAUUUCAAAGCCUCGGCGCGGAUUGUGAUGCCCCCCAUUCCGCGCAACGAGACAUGGGUGGUGGGUUGGAUCCAGGCGUGCACCCAGAUGGAAUUUUACAACACCUACGGAGAUGUCGGCAUGUCAAGUUGGGAGCUGCCUCAGCUACGAGAAGGCCUGGUGAGGGCCAUCAGCGACUCAGACGGCGUGAGCUACCCCUGGUACGGAAACACGACAGAGACUGUCACCAUAGUGGGCCCCACCUCCAAGCCAUCCCGCUUCAUCGUUAGCAUGAAUGACAAUUUUUACCCCAGCGUCACCUGGGCCGUGCCGGUCAGUGAAUCCAACACGCCCUUACUGACCAACAUCAAAAGGGACCAGAGCUUCACCACCUGGCUGGUGGCACUCAACACCACGUCCAGGGAAAAGAUCCUGCUCCACACCAUCAAGUGGAGGAUGAGGGUCGAUAUCGCGGUGGAUCCGUCCCUCCCUCUGGGCUCCAGGGCCAGGCUGGUGGGCAGGGUGCACCAGGACCAGCCGCGGGUGCUGACCCGCAUGGAGCCCAUCCCUCCCAACGCCAUGGGGAGGCCCAACGCCAACGACGCCCAGGUUCUGAUGUGGAGGCCAAGGAGAGGGCCUCCGCUUGUUGUCAUACCACCCAAGUAGAUCGUUGGGAGCAUCUGAUUGGCCGUUUGUUAUAUCAUAUCAAAGCGGGCCACCUCUGUAGUCAGACAGGAUAAUCAGAUGAAAGACAAAAACAACAAAAAUGAAGAUCCAUAAGCAGGCUGAGACUUGUGUCAAUGGCACAAAUCAAAAGUUGCAGUCUUUUGCGUGUAAAAUCUCGAGGGGACAACCGCCUUAAUUCCCCACUGCUGCCUUUGACAAUCCAGAAAGUAUGUUGGUCUCUCCUUCUGGUGCUGUUGAGCUGUUGGGCACCCAGGCCUUCACUGCAGCCCAGCACAACUGAGCAAAGCUAACUCUGAAAGUCCGCCAUUAGUGCUGGGAUGUAACGCAAACCUGUACUGUAGCUACUCAGGCCCAGAACGAAAACGAUCAAGCCUAAACACAGACCCUGUUUCAAAAGGUUCUUCAGCCUUAAUGACGACAUGAUACUGGCCUGCUCCAUACUGUACAGUAAAGUGCUGUGUACGAGUGUAACCGAGGGAAGGUGAUAGUGUUUAUGUGUCAUGCAACACUGCUGCAGGGUGUAUUCAUUACAGAGAUAACUAUAGUAUCUAAAAUGUUACUGGGAUGAUGUGCUUUCAGAGAUGAUGUGAGUGUGGGUGUGCAGGCAUGUGUGUUUGUGUUUGUGUGUUUUCUAUAAUGGAGACCCAGGGUUGGGUCCGGGCUUGCUGCUUUGUCACACCAGACUGCCUCACACACACACAGACAUAAACACACACACACACACACACACACAGACAUUAACACACACACACACACACACACACCGAUGGCCUCAUUAUGCUACAGGGAGGGAUACUUUGCAAGAUGAUUUAAAAAACAGAAAGAUUGUCAACAUACAUGCAUCCUCAGAGCCACUUUGUUUUUUUAACAUAUCACAGAAAAUGUAGAAAUCACAGCUUUUGGAUUUGGUGACGUGCACACUGUACGUGCAUUCAGACGAACCUUAAAUGAAGCCCUGCAGCGGGAUUUUUGUUUUUCAAUCACAAAUGGCCAGUUCAUCCGAGCUGCAGAGCUUCUCCCUCCCUGCCUUUUGAAAGCCAGUGAUGCCUGUGUUGAUGACAGCCUUCUACAGUGAAAACACAACAACGUCUUUGCCAUGUCCCAUCUAAUCCUAUCUGUGAGGUGGAGAGGUUAUUUUAUUUUACGAGUCAUAAAAUGAGUCUGCCGUCAGUGGCUGCGAGAGGACAAACAGAGCUACGUGACGUCUUUAUCCAGUCAGUAUCUGCUGUUGAAGAACAAAGAUUGUAGUAAACUGUAUUUACACUGUUAGAAGAAUCAGUUCAUCUAAAUUACAAAGAAAACAAAGCUUCUCACUUAUCCAGCCAUGCAGAUUUUUGGGGGAUUUUAUUUGUCCAAGUUUUGAAAUAUCUGUCUGUGACAUUUGUGCCUGAAAUUUCUUUAGUGAUCAUAGCUUUGAAAAACUGCAUUCACACAAGACUUAAAAGUCGACAGCCAUGCUAGCAGCUCUGAGGCUAAGUGCUAACAUGCUCACAAUGACAAUGCUAACAUGACCGAGUACCGGGAGUGUCCCUAUGUUCCCCAGCUUAAUACCCACUUAAAAUAACUCAUUAAGGAGACCUUUUAAAGCAGUGGUUCCCAACUGGUGGGUCACAGGUCCACUCUGAAUGGACUGCAAGUGACUCACGAAUGUGCCAAGUUUGUAAAAAACACACUUUAUUUUUAAGUAUAGUGAAUUUCUAGCACAGGGCUUUUAUUUUGAAGUGCUGUUUCCUGCUGUACACUUAGUGACUAAUGGGCUGCUACUUGACAGAGACGGCAAACUAGCUCAAUGACAUGGCCAAACACAACUAUGACGCUGAAUAUAUUAAACAGUGUGGACCUUGAACUGAUGACGAAGGAGAAAUCUGGACCCCAGGACUAGACCAGUUGGGAACCACUGUUUUAAAGGGUUUUAUGUUCUCAGCAAUGUUUUUUUAAUAGGACAAAUGUUCACUGUAUGUUCCCCUGGAAUAACAUGUUGAAAUCACCCACCUUCAACCUAAAGCCUGCUGAUGGUUAACUCCUUAAAAACUAGACCCUCGAAUUUGUGGGCAAGACCGUUUUCUUGACUGUAGACAUUGAUAUCAGCACAGAGGCCCAACGGAUUAUUACGACUAAAACUGCACUCCAAACAUCUGUAUCCCUCCGAUGUUUUGCAAUCUGAACUGCGAAGCUAGCCCUUACAAAACUCUUAAUAUGUUAGUUUAUAUCAAGAGACACAGGACCCUUGAAACAUAGGGACGACAUCCCAAGUACCAUGUUUACCAUCAUCUUAGUUUAGCGUGUUAGCUAGUGACGAUUGUACAGCUGAGGCUGACGAGAAUCUCUCUUUUUUUAGCAGGUAUUUGGUCAUGAACUGAAGUAUUAGACAUUAAAUCUGGACGAUGGCGCUAGUAGGAAAGUCACUUAAUCACCAAACUUGUGCCACAAUGAAUAUCUCGCUACUUAUAUAGUAGUUGUCGGAAUGGGUUAUUAAAAAACAAAUACCAUAAAACCUCAAUCAAUAGCUUGGGCUGUUAUUCGCUUAAAUCACUGAAAUCAACAGGCCUAUAUUCAGGACAGGCCAUUAACUGCUCACACAAAACUGUUGCUCAGCAAAGAUCGGGAAAUACAAUCAUAUUGUCUAUUUAAACCAGUAUGAAUAUUACUUGUUUAAUAAUUAGGCCUUGGAUAAUAUAUCACUUAUGAAUCAUUCAUUUGAUCUAGCUAGAGAGAGUGACUUACUGCACUUGACGAUAAGGGCACCUGGCAUACUGACACAACACCACUUGGAAAACUUGGAUUACUUUCUAUGAAAAACCCUUUUGAUUCUUUUGAUCUGAGGACCCUUACGGACUAAAGGAAUAUGAAUAUCUCAUAGGGUAAUUGAGGAAUGGACACAAAAUCUGAGGUACUCUGGCACUCUGGUCACCUUCACUCUAUCAGGUGGAGGCAGAAAUCUUCAGAAUGGAUAUCUGAAAACCUGGGAAAAUAAGUGAAAUUUUCUACAUGGCUAAGUACCGACAGAAGUGAGAAGUUUUUUUGUAAUUUGGGUGGAGUGACCCUUUAAAGAUUGGUGCAGUAUUUGGUUUACACAGACAUGUUUCUUGUGCCAUUAAGCUCUUUUUUUAUGUGUUUUUAUGAAGACUCAUGACGACAGAAUAUUUCACAAUCAUGUUGAAUCUGAAGAUGUUGCUGAUCAGGCAGGUCUAUACGUUGUAUUUCUGUUCACACACACUCAGCACACAGCGGACCAGUGAAACCGCUCAGGCCGAAGUGCUGAGCUGGUCCCGAUGAGACAGAGAUGAAGAGAGAGACGGAGGAUGUAACCACGUUAUCUUACCCAUGCUGCUGCUCAUUACUCCUGGUGCAAACCGAACGAGCCUUCACACACACACAUACACACCUCACCUGGAACGACGCCGGGAGUGUCUCUGCCUGUGUGUUGCCAGCCGUGCAACACACUCAUCACACAAACACUGGAUAGUUUAACAACAUGCCAAUUGUAGCCAUUACACAGGAGCAGUUUGUGACGCUGACAAUCAAGGGAAACAUCUAGAGCAGCACUUUGUAACCGGAGGUGAUCUUUACUGGUCUGAUUAUCAGAGGAUUGAGGCUUUUAUAGGGGGAAAGGAAGCAGAAACUUUUUUUCACAUGUUGCCCCAAUUAAAUAAAGUGUUAGCGAAAAUACGUUUAUACUUGACCACGAGGUCACACAGUCUGCUGUCUGUGUGUAUCAGGGCCUCAAGUGUCUUUUACAGUAACAGAUGUGCCUGAGGACUGGAGGGAGAGCGGUACACGGCCCUUCACGAGGAGCUUUACUCGUUAGUUCCUACUCGUUCUGCUGAUCGACUGUCUGAUGCAGUUAAUGGUUUAAAAUGGCUGUGUGUUUUACAGUGUUAUAUUAUGAAGGACGUGAAACUCUGCCGUGUUACAGUCCUUUCUCUCAGACUGUCUGGCUUUUGCAUGCAGUGUUUUUAAACUCAUUAAAACAAAUGCCAAAAAUAUCAAAGUGUGAAUUUAUUCAUGUUAUGUAGUUUGCAGCUCAAAGGCAACGUGCCAAGUAUUAAAUUAGACAAGGUAGACUUGUAAUUGUGCAAAAAUUAAUCUAGACUCAGACAGCAGGGGGGGGAUUGUGUUAGAAAGAGUGACAGGCUGUUGAGAUGACUCCAUGAUACACUGAAAAGAAUAAACUGUACAGUGCUGGAACUAGCACAUUUGGCACCCUGGGCAAACCCCCACCCCCCAAAAAUAUGUUUUUAUUAUUAUUAUUAUCAUGUUUAUUGUAUUUAUUACUAACUAGAACAAGAGCUAACAAGAAAACAAUGCAAAGAAGAAGACAACCCAGUAUGUGCAAAUUGGCGAAUUUCAUCUUUCUGUUUGUGUACUGCACCUCAGAUGGCUUUUGCCUUUUCACUGUUUCUUACUCUAAAACUCCACACACUCCAUAAUUUUCCUUUCAUUCAGUGUUGUCAAUUUGCCGACUUUCUUGCUAGAUCUGGCAACUUUUCAGCCCCUCUUAGCAAUUUUAAUGCUACAAAGCAACUAGUGAAAAAUCUAGCAACUUAAUUCGACCACACAUGAAAAAGAGAAAAAUAUAUAUUGUUAUUCUUUCCCAUGCACAGCUCUUCCUCCAUCAGCCCAAAGUCUCUCCCCCUCUUUCCUCUUGCACUGUGUAGUAGGUGUAGGAUGGGCGACGAGAGGAGAUGCUGCUCACAGUGGGAGUUCAGUUGCAGUGAGACUCUAGGAAGUGGUGCACUAUAGUAUAAGCACAAUAGCUCUCAUGCCAUUCAGAUUUUUUACUAAGGAAUGUUUCUAGUGAAUCUAAUACAGGGAAUGCACAAUGAUGUCAUCAAUACACAUAUAAACGCAUGACACCAUCUGGCAACUUUUAGCAACUUAUAGAGCUGGUGCUGGCUACUUUAAUUGGAAAAGAGUUGGCAACACUGAUUUUGUUUGAUUUUUUUGAGAGUCAAAAAAGAAACAAAAUUUGGUGGCUGACUGUGUCACCUAUAGGAAGAGCCACCACUGAUACCGCAGUGAAUCUAACACAGUGGUUCCAAACCUUUUUCCUUAAGGGACCCCUUUUCUAUCUUUGAAUGUACUGACGACCCCCUGACUAAGUGACAUAUUUUAUGGAUAUUUCAUAUUUAAUGUAUGACAAUAACAAUACAGAUAAAGAUGAGCCAUUUGGAUGAAUUUUGAGCAGAUUAUUUCUGCACAUUGCAUCAGAGAGGCCUGUUGUAUAUAUAUUUUUAAAGUUUUCUUAGGGUGCUUUCACACCUGCCCUGUUUGGUUCAGUUCAAUCAUACUCCAGUUCAUUUGCCGACUAAGUGCAGUUCGUUUGGGCAGGUGUGAACACAGCGAUGACACUCGGGUGCGCACCAAAACAACCAUACUGAGACCUUCUUGAAGAGGUGGUCUCAGUCCGGUUACAAAUGAACUCUGGUGCAGUUCGUUUGUGGUGACAUGACACAUUGUUUGGGUUAAACAUGAGCAUGUUACAGUCCUGGAGGAUUAUUAUUGUGCUCCUCCUCCUGUACUGCCUUAAUAUGCACAUUCAGCACAUCCAAUGCAUCAAAACAUUGUUUUCUAGUUGGAGCCGCGCCUCGUUUUCAAACUGUAUGGUUUGACUAAAAUGAACAAUGACAGCAAUAUAGUCCACGAUGAGCAGCGCUAAAAUCAACCUGCGUAGUUGUCCCUCCAUUGUGACAUUAGAAAGUGUCACAUUUAUCUUGCAAGUGUACUCUUCUUCAACAAUUUGUUUACUUCCUGGAUUUUUCCCACAUGGAAAUUCUGACCAAUCAAGAGCAGCUUUCUCACACAAGGUAUUUUAUCUGGUCCGCUUGUAAAUGCUGCCGUGAGAACACGAACCAACUCUAGGCAAUUAUGCAACUUUAACAAAAUUAGUCCCUGAUUCAGACCAAAGCAAGACAACUCUAGGUCUGAAAGCACCCUUACAUCCCUCUGUCAUGAUUUGGUGACCCCUAGUGGGGUUUGGGACCCCCAGGUUGGGAACCAGUAAGUCUUUUGAUUAAACACUUCAAAAUAAAAAUUUGUGCAUUUUAGUGUAGAAGGAGAAACACAAUGAAUUCAACACAAGUUAAAGGAAACAUUUUUUUCUUUUAUAAAAGAUUCACAUAUUGGUAAUUAAAAUAAUAAAGUUAUUAAUUAUACCCGCUUCAUCCCAAAAAAAAAAAAAAGAGUCGCUCCAGAGGAAAAACACCAAAUCAAAUGGUACAGUCCAAGAUUACUUUCUAUGUGAGUAGUGCCUCGUGGAUGUUUGAUAUCAUUAGAACAAUUCAGUCAGUUCAGACUCAGCUGGGACACAUUCAGUCAUUUUUGAUUACUUUGCCACAAAAUCAGCAGAAUAUAUUGUUACACGAGCACACUGGGGACACAGGGAUGUUUAUAACCAGUGGCUCUGAAAUGUCAUGUAAACGCCUGAUUAACGAAUGAAUAAGUUAAACAGACAAUUCAUUUAUUUCCAUAGAUUACAAUUUAAACGGAGCCAGUAUUUACGCCCAAGGUUAACAUAAUUUCA